AUGUCCCACUGUGUGAAAGGAGGCUUAUUUCAGUUUAAUGACACGGAACCAAGGCCAUCCUUUUAUUCAGGUGGAGAUGUAUUAGAUUAUUUGCUUAAUCUGAAGAGAAUAGACAAAAAAGAUGGAUUGUUGGUCACCUGGUAUCAUGCUGCAAAUAGUAAGAAAGACAUGGAAGAGGCCUUAAAAGCUGAUGUCAUGGCACUGGAAUCUGAUGUCACCCUUGAAGGAUACAAUACGCCCAAUGAGACGGAGAAACCCAUUAUGGCUCACCCCCCUGACGUCUACAGUGACAAUACGCUUCAGAAUUGGCUGGCGACAGUGCUCAGGUUAUCCGAUAAAGUGAUCAAGCUGGAUUUCAAAAACAUCAAGACAGUGGGACCAUCUCUGGAUAUCUUAGUAAACACAUCUUCUGGGCUGAAUAUCGACCGACCUAUUUGGCUAAAUGCAGAUAUUCUGAAAGGCCCAAAUGUUCCUAUUGAUAUUGCAGUUAAUGCAAGCCGAUUCCUGACUCUCAUUCAGGAGAAGUUUCCAAACUGCACUCUUUCCCCAGGAUGGACAACCCUCUAUUUAUCUCACUUUCCAAACAAGACUUAUACGCAGAGUAUGGUGGAAGAAAUGCAUUCUCUUGUGGGAAACCUGCCUCAGCAAGUCACCUUCCCUGUAAGAGCUGUCAUGGUAAAACCAGCCUGGACUCAUCUGAGUUGGCUUCUGAGUCAAUCGAAAAGAUAUAGUUUGACUUUGUGGCAAGGGAAGACUGAUCCAGUUACAGUGGAAGAUCUCCUGUUUAUUCGAAACAACAGCAAACCUGAACAAAUCUAUUAUGACCUUUAUGAACCUAUUUUGUCUCAAUUCAAAAAAUUGGCAUUCUCUCAACCAGAGUCAAGUGCAAAAAGAGGAUGGAGAAGCUAAAUGAACAAUGUUGGAAGAAAAAAUGGAGCCAAUUAAUCUACUGCCAAUUUACAACACAGGGAAUAUUUGACAAUUUAAAGUGGACUUUUCAGAUUUUGGAAGAUCCGGACUGUGUAGAGAACUUUAUUAUAUGGAUUGAUACAUUUGAUCAAUUGAUACAUACCUCACAAAUGGUACAAAUAAAUUGAAGCCUUUGUGAAAUACAGAAAACAGAAACACAGAAAGGAAUGAGUCACUUUUUGCAUAAUUAUUCAUUCUGGCUCUUGACAUUUUCAAUAGAGCCAAAAGGCAAGAUGACAAAAUUGUUGGAGUGAAAGUUAAAAAAAAAAGGAAUUUAUAAAUUAAAGACAUUUGCUAAUAACUUGGCUUUUGGAGAACCCCUUAAAAGGGAUUGAUGUAUUAAUGAAAAAAUCUUGGAAUUUGAUGCAUUGAUUGGACUUAAAGUUGAUAAGGAAAAAAAUAAAGAAUAUAAAGAUGGAAGAGCAAAAAGAAUUAUCUGUAAAAGCUAGAUUUCAGAGUGGGGGGGAAAAUGAAGUAUUUGGCUAUUACUAUUAUCACCAUGACUUUAUUUCAAAAUAAUUUUCUUAAGGUAUGGAAUGAAAUUAAAUAGAAUU